UCUACUGCAACAUGAAGACUUUCCUGAUUCUGGCACUCUGUGCUCUGGCCGCUUCGGCCUAUCCUCUGGCUGAAUCCGAGCGCGUCAAUGGCGAGAACGGCUGGUACGUGCCCCAGGAGGACGGCUCCUUCGAGUGGGUGGACAUGGAUGUCGCCGAGAAGUGGAUGGAAGAAGCUGAGAUGCUCGAAAGCCGUGGCCUCACCACCGUGCCCGUCAAGUUCUAUCUGUACACCUCUUCCAAUCCCACCAAGGGCAAGAAGAUCACCACCACCACCAAGUCCGUGGAUGCUUCCAACUUCAAUGCCGCCCAUCCCACCCGUUUCGUGAUCCACGGCUGGACCCAGAGCUACACCGCCAGCAUGAACAAGGACAUCCGUAGUGCAUGGCUCUCCAAGGGAGACUACAACGUCAUCGUCGUCGACUGGGCCCGUGCCCGUUCCGUGGACUACGCCACCUCUGUCAUGGCCGUCGGCUCCACCGGCAAGAAGGUCGCCAAGAUGAUCAACUUCCUGAAGGACAACUACGGCAUGGAUCUGGGUAAUCUAUACGUCAUUGGUCACAGCCUGGGUGCCCAUGUUGCUGGAUACGCCGGCAAGAACACCGACGGACAGGUGCACACCAUUGUGGGAUUGGACCCUGCCCUUCCCCUCUUCAGCUACAACAAGCCCAACAAGCGUCUGAACUCCGAGGAUGCCUACUACGUGGAGUCCAUCCAGACCAAUGGAGGAAACCUCGGUUUCCUGAAGCCCAUCGGUAAGGGAGCCUUCUACCCCAACGGCGGCAAGACCCAGCCCGGAUGCACAUUGGACGUGACCGGCGCCUGCUCCCACGGACGCUCCACUACCUACUACGCCGAGGCCGUGGCUCAGGACAACUUCGGAACCAUGAAGUGUGGUGACUACGAGGAGGCCGUGGCCAAUGAGUGCGGUUCCAGCUACAGCAGCGUCCGUAUGGGCGCUGAUACCAACGCCUACAUGGUCGCCGGUGACUUCUAUGUCCCCGUGAACUCCAAGGCGCCCUUCGGCAUGAUCAACUAACUUAUUGAAAUGCAAUAAACAAAAAGAUAAAAUAUAA